AUGUCACCACAGCCCGCUGCACUCCACGCUGUCAGCACCGUACAGGUCUCACAUCACCACAGCCCGCUGCACUACACGCUGUCAGCACCAUCCGUAUCCGACGUCACCACAGCCUGCUACACUCCACGCUGUCAGUGCCGGCUGUGUCCGGCGUCACCCCCGCCUGCUGCAAUCCUCGCUCACCGUCCGCGUCUGACGUCACCACUGCCCCCUGCAGUCCACAGUGUGAGCAUCGUCAUGUCCGACGUCAACACAGACCGCUGUACUCCACGCUGUCAGCACCGUCCGCGUCCGACGUCACCACAGCAGGAAGCACUCCACGCUGUGAGCACCGUCCGUGACCGACGUCACCACAGCCCACUGCACUCCACACUCUGUGCACCGUCCGCGUCCGACGUCACCACAGCCCGCUGGACUCCACGCCGUCAGCACCAUCCGUGUCCGACGUCACCGCAGCUUGCUGGACUCCACCCUGUCAGCGCCGUCGGUGUCCGACGUCACCACAGCCCGCCGCACUCCACGCUCCCGCUGCACUCCACGCUGUCAGCACCGAACGUGUCCGACGUCUCCACAGCUUUCUGUACUCCACCCUGUCAGUGCCGUCUGCGUCCGACGUCACCACAGCCCGCUGCACCCCUUGCUGUGUGCACUGUUUGCGUCCGGCGCCACCACAGCCCGCUGCACUCCACGCUGUGUGCACCGUGCGCGUCCGACGACACCACAGCCCGCUGCACACAACGCUGUCAGCACCAUCCGCGUCUGACGUCACCGCAGCCCGCUGGACUCCACGCUGUCAGCCCCGUCCGUGUCCGACGUCACUACAGCUUGCUGGACUCCACCCUGUCAGUGCCGCCUGUGUCUGACGUCACCGCAGCCCACUGGACUCCACACUGUCAGCACCGUCCGCGUCCGACGUCACCUCAGCCCGCUGCACUCCGCGCUGUCAGUGCCGUCCGUGACCAACGUCACCACAGCCCGCUGCACUCCAUGCUGAGUGCUCCGUCCGCGUCCGACCACACCACAGCCCGCUGCACACAACGCUGUCAGCACCAUCCGCGUCCGACGUCACCGCAGCCCGCUGCAUUCCACGCUGUCAGCACCGACCGUGUCCGACGUCUCCACGGCUUUCUGUACUCCACCCUGUCAGUGCCGUCUGCGUCCGACGUCACCACAGACCGCUGCACUCCACGCUGUCAUCACCGACCGCGUCCGACACACCACCGCCCACUGGACUCCACACUGUCGGCACCGUCCGCGUCCGAAGUCAGCACAUGCCGCUGCACUCCAUGUUGUGAGCACCGUCCUAGUCCGACGUCACCACAGCCCGCUGGACUCCUUUCUGUCAGCACCGUCCGUGUCCGACGUCAUCACAGCCGGCUGCACUCCACCCUGUCAGUGCCGUCUGUGUCUGAUGUCACCACAGCUCGCUGCACUCCACGCUGCCAGCACCGUCCGCGUCCAACACACCACAGCCCACCGGACUCCACACUGUCAGCACCGUCCACGUCCGACGUCAGCACAUGCCGCUGCACUCAACUCUGUGGGCACCGUCCGCGUCCAACAUCACCACAGCCCGUUGGACUCCAAGCUGUGAGCACCAUCCGAGUCCAACAUCACCACAGCCCGCUGCGCUCCACGCAGUCAGCACUGUCCGGGUCUGACAUCACCACAGCCCGCUGGACUCCACGCUGUCAGCACCGUCCGCGUCCGACGUCACGACAGCCUGCUGGACUCGACGCUGUCAGCACCGUUCGUUUCCGACGUCACCACAGCCCACUGGACUUUAUACUGUCAGCACCGUCCGCGUCCGCCGUCACCAAAGGCCACUGCACUCCACGCUGUCAGCGCCGUCCGUGUCCGACGUCACCACAGCCCGCUGCACUCCACGCUGUCAGCACCGUCCGUGUCCGAAGUCACCACAGCCUGCUGGACUCCACGCUGUCAGCAGCGUCCGUGUCCGACGUCACCACAGCCCGCUGCACCAUACGCUGUCAGCACCGUUCGCUUUCGACGUCACCACAGCCCGCUGGACUCCAAUCUGUCACCAACGUCCGCUUCCGACGUCAACACAGCACACUGUACUCCACGCUGUCAGCACCGUCCACGUCCGUUGUCACCACAGACCGCUGCACUCCACGCUGUCAGCGCCGUCCGUAUCCGACGUCACCACAGGCCGCUGGACUCCAGGCUGUCAGCACCAUUCUCGUUUGA